AUGAACAGCUAUACGGAUUUCGACGAGGUGGUCACAGAGAUAUCCGAACACGCGAUAGCAAUGGACGACUCCCAGAUGGCGAUUACGAUCGAUAAAUGGUUGACGAAACUGACCGCGGAUGAUCGCGGGCCCAAUGAGCUCAACUACUUGAGGCUGUUGCAGCACAUGAUGGUCCAGAGACGCGUGAGCCAGCCUUUCGUCAAACUGCCACCGGAGGGCCCGCUGUUACCGUUAACCCGGUACCUGAACCAGCCCGAAAGAUCACAUUUCUCGUGCGAUGACGAUUGCCGGUCGAAAAACGAUACCGACGACGUCGCCGUCGUCGCGGAAAACGGUGACGAGGUGGACGGCGCAGACGACGGGGACGAGAACGGCGCAGAUGACGGGGACGAGAACGGCACGGACGACGAUGACGACGAUGACGACAAAGUGUGGAGCUACGAUUCGGCCGACACCUGUACCCGUAGGGAGGACGUGGUCACGGACGCGAGUGCCAUUGUCGUGGACCGAGAAGGCGUUGACACGGACAAAUACGAGGAUCGCGGUGGCACGAGCGGUGACGACAACGAUAAGGCGGCGGCGAGUGGUGCGAUUGACUCGGCGUGGACCAAGCGUGAUGGACAUCUGGCCGCGGCGGGAGAACACCGGGAAUACGCGAAAAGUGGCAAUAGGGACGCUGUAAGGUACGAGAAAAUGUGUGACCCCUGCGUGGAUGGUACAGGGCCGCGGGGUCAUGAAAUGCUCCACGGUAAGCCGCUGAGCGCGGCCUACAAGUCGUUGUUGGGUGACUGCGCGUUACCGGUGUUCACAGAGACCGAGAAGAAAAAGGUCGGGCCCGAGCUGCUACAGGUUUUGGAGAACGUCGAUGACGACACUACGCUACAAGACUUUUACUAUCAGGUGUCGCAGUACACGUGCGACCAGGGAGUAAUGAUGAUGAAAGUGUCAGAAAGCAUGGUGGACGAAUUCAGGAUGUUCGUGUCGGACGUAUUCGAAAGCCGCACGGAACACAUUAGCGACGGGCUGUCCAAGGAGCAGACGUCGCUUAACGAGAAGUACACUUAUCUGAAGGACCGGGCACUCAACCGGGCCACGGUGGCGUUGGACUUCCUGCGCGAGGCCUUGCCGGUGUUCAAUUGGCAUAAGUACCACAGCGAGCCGGAGGCCUACAUGAAGCGUGAGAUACUGCGACAGGUCCCUCCGUCUUCCGGCGAUUCGAGCUCGGCUGUCAAGGGAUCCGGGACGGUCGCGCAUGACAACGCCAUGGUCGCGGACGACAGUGAGGACACCCAACAGCAGUCGUCGGUCAUCAAGAAACUACUUUACUCGCUGAACUGGAUGCGCACCGAAGUGGCGCGGGUGGACUGCGAAGCCUCGCGACUUUACAGCCAGCGGGAGAAGCUGACCGCCAACUUGGUCGCGACCAACGAGAAGCGGACCGCGGCCCAGUGCCGUGCGACCAAUGACAUCGAUCGGCACCAAAGCGAGCUCGCUCUGCUCCGGCACAAAUCCGACGAACAGACCAAAAUUAUCGAUCGGCUCGUAGAGUCCAUACAGCUCAUGCAGGCCAAACAGCCGUCGUCGUCCGUUAGCUGCUAA